AUGAAUCUAACGAGUGAGCUCCGUGAGUUUGACGCACAUAGUGACUACAAGCACGACAUGGACAGGAUAAGCAAGUUUUUGCUGUUUUUUGAGGAGGGAGGGGAACUACCGUAUGUGAAUUGUCUGCGAAGGCUUAGAGAAAGUAUUGAAGUCGAUAUGGAGGAUAUAGCGGUUUAUGACGAAACAGGAUUGGCAAGCAGAAUAGAGCGAAACGCAAUGUCGUACAUAAACAUGUUCUACAAAGCGAUAGAUGAUAUUCUGUACAAUGAAGGAGAGCUUGCAAUGGAUGAGGAUGAAGGAGACGUUUUUUUUUACCAUCGGAUUUCGAGAUUCAAGGAGAAGUAUCCUGACAAGCAGGUUUCUGAGGUGUUUCCGUCGUUUUUGCUACGCAGAUACUCGCUGAUACUGAAGCCGCGAAAAGGGCUAAGAGUGUGUGGAGUCAGAGAGCUGAAAUCGAGGGAUAUAGGGGCUUUGGUGAGGGUAAGCGGAGUGGUCACGAAGGUUAGCCAGGUGAAGCCAAGCAUCAAGGUUGCAACAUACAUAUGCGAGAGCUGCGGGACAGAAACAUAUCAGCAGGUUGAGGGAGAUGUGUUUGAUCUACUUGAGGAGUGCGGAAGCGAAAAGUGUAGGAUCAAGAAUAUACGAGGAACCCUGAUUCUUGUCACCAGAGGAUCUAAAUUUAUCAAGCACCAAACAGUUUAUAUACAGGAGUUAACAAGUGAUGUUCCCCAUGGAUGUAUUCCAAGGAUGCUGGCUGUUGAGUGUUACUCGUCAACUGCAGAGAAGUGCAGGCCUGGAGAUGUUGUGGUGGUUGGUGGUGUUUUUAUGCCUAAGCCGUACUAUGGGAUAAAAAGAUUGAAGGCUGGGCUGAUUGCAGAUACGUAUGUUCAUGCAAUGCAUAUCAAGACGGCUGGAGACCGUGUUUUUGAGCAUAAGGGGGUUUUGAAAGGGUAUUCAGUGGAGCAGUUGGUGAGCUCGAUUGCGCCAGAGAUAUUUGGGAUGGAUGAUGUAAAGAAAGUGCUGCUGCUGAUGCUAAUAGGUGCGCCGUUGAGAGUCCAGUCGGAUGGAAUGAGGAUACGAGGAGAUAUCAAUGUGUUGCUACUAGGGGAUCCUGGGAUUGCAAAAAGCCAGCUGCUCAAAACAUGUGCAAAGAUAAGUAAGAGAGGAAUAUAUACGACCGGAAAGGGAUCCAGUGGAGUGGGACUUACUGCAAGUGUUUCGAAAGAGCAGGUCACUGGGGAGAUGGUGCUCGAAGGAGGAGCGUUGGUUCUUGCAGAUGGAGGAAUAUGUUGUAUUGAUGAGCUAGACAAGAUGAACGAGGUUGAUAGGGUUAGUAUUCAUGAAGUGAUGGAGCAACAGAGUGUUUCUGUAAGCAAGGCAGGAAUAAACACAACGCUGAAUGCGCGAUGCUGUGUACUUGCAGCAGCCAAUCCUGUGAGGGGAAGGUAUGAUACAAAGCAAAGUAUAGAACACAAUGUUGGCCUUCCAUGCUCACUUUUGUCUAGAUUUGAUGUGGUUGUUAUUCUCAGGGAUGAGCCUGACACUGAAAAGGACGAGCAUCUCGCUAAGCACAUAACAUCGAUACAUCUGAACGAAGAGCUUGAAUCGGUAUCAUAUGAUGAGGUUCGAGUGAUUAUUGAGCAGGCCAAAGGGUUAGAUCCGGUGCUUCCUUCGAGCCUGUCCAAGAAAUUGACAAAUGCAUAUGUAAAAGUUAGGAAGGAAUGCUCAAAUGUUACGCCGAGAUAUCUUCUGUCUCUGAUAAGACUGACUCUUGCACAUGCCAGAUUGAGAUUCUGUGAGGAGGCAUGUGAAGAUGAUGUCAAUGAGGCGUUAAGAUUGAUGGAAGUCAUGAAGAUUCCCACCCCAAAGCGAAAGAAAGAAGAGGUUUCAAACAAGCGAGCCAUUUACAACCUUAUUCUCUCACUUGCAAUUGAUGAUGGAAUCAAACGAUAUGUCAAGCUUGGCAGUCUGUGGGAUGCCGCAAGAGGGAAGUAUGAUGCUGAUGAGAUCCAGAAUGUAAUAUCUGAAUUUGCAUCCUGUGGUAUUUGGAUUAAGAACAACGAUGAAUUGACUAUUUUCAAUUAA